AAACAAGGGAGUGACAUCAUUGGAAAGAUGGCUCUGACCACAGGGUGACAAAGGCAGAGCUGCGAGAAGACUGUUAGGACCACCAUAGUAAUCAGACAAGAGAUGAUGCCAUAACUAGAGAGCGGCAGAGGGCCAAAGAGAAGUGGAUGCAUUUGGACAGCUGCCAGUGCCCGACCCAUUCUCAUACUUACUCCCAAGCUCCUGGACUUUCACCUUCUGGGAAAACAACAGAUUAUGCCUUUGAGAUGGCUGUUUCAAAUAUUAGAUAUGGAGCAGGAGUUACUAAGGAAGUAGGAAUGGACCUACAAAACAUGGGUGCUAAAAAUGUUUGUUUGAUGACAGACAAGAACCUCUCCCUGCUCCCUCCUGUACAAACAGUUAUGGAUUCCCUAGUGAAGAAUGGCAUAAACUUUAAGGUUUAUGAUAAUGUGAGGGUGGAACCAACUGAUAGAAGCUUCAUGGAAGCUAUUGAAUUUGCCAAAAAGGGAACUUUUGAUGCCUACGUUGCUGUGGGUGGUGGCUCCACCAUGGAUACUUGUAAAGCCGCUAAUCUGUAUGCAUCCAGCCCUCACUCUGAUUUCCUAGAUUAUGUCAAUGCCCCCAUUGGGAAGGGCAAACCUGUGUCUGUGCCUCUUAAGCCUCUGAUUGCAGUCCCAACUACGUCAGGAACUGGGAGUGAAACUACAGGAGUUGCUAUUUUUGACUACGAACACUUGAAAGUAAAAACUGGUAUUGCUUCCCGAGCCAUCAAACCCACACUGGGACUGAUUGAUCCUCUGCACACCUUGCACAUGCCUGACCGGGUGGUCGCCAACAGUGGCUUUGAUGUGCUUUGCCACGCCCUGGAGUCCUACACCGCCCUUCCCUACCACAUGCGGAGCCCCUGCCCUUCAAAUCCCAUCUCCCGGCCAGCAUACCAGGGCAGCAACCCCAUCAGUGACAUUUGGGCCAUCCACGCACUACGGAUUGUUGCUAAGUAUCUGAAGAGGGCUAUCAGAAAUCCUGACGAUCUUGAAGCAAGGUCUAAUAUGCACUUGGCAAGUGCUUUUGCUGGCAUUGGUUUUGGAAAUGCUGGUGUUCAUCUGUGCCAUGGGAUGUCUUACCCAAUUUCAGGCUUAGUGAAGACAUACAAAGCAAAGGAUUAUAAUGUGGAUCACCCACUGGUGCCUCACGGCCUUUCUGUGGUGCUCACCUCCCCAGCAGUGUUCACUUUCACGGCACAGACGUCUCCUGAGCGGCACCUGGAGACAGCAGAAAUACUGGGAGCCGAUACCCACAGUGCCAGGAUCCCAGAUGCUGGGCCUGUUUUGGCAGACACGCUCCGGAAAUUUUUAUUCGAUCUGGAUGUUGAUGAUGGUCUAGCUGCCGUUGGUUACUCCAAGGCUGACAUCCCCGCGUUAGUGAGAGGAACGCUGCCCCAGGAAAGGGUCACCAAGCUUGCACCACGCCCUCAGUCAGAAGAGGAUCUGUCUGCUCUGUUUGAAGCUUCAAUGAAACUGUAUUAAUUUUCAUUUUCACUGAAAGAAUUACCAUUGGCCACCAUAGUUCUGAAAACAGAAGUUAAUCUAGCCAGAGCUUUGUCUUUUCAUCUCCACAUGUAAUUUGCCUGUUUGCAGUUUGAAUGUGAUAUAAAUUUAUCCUGCAGAAGAUUCCUUGAUGCUCAAAGUAAAGCUAUUUCCAUAAAAUAGGCUGGACAAAUCUCCACCAUGUGCAACAUUGGGCCAGACCUCAGGAGUCCGUGUUCCUGCCCCAAACCUCACAGACUGCCACUGCUCCAUUUAUCAAAUGGGUAAAUCCAUUUAUCAAAUGGGUAAAAAUUCAGUAUGUAUCAAAAAGGUAAAUGUAUAUAUUCUAUGUCCAAUCUAGAAACUUAUCCUACAGAAAUACUAGCACAAGAAAUAUGUCAAGGAUAUUUCUGGCAGCACUGUUUUCUAAUUAUAAAAAAUGUGAAAGAAUCUAAAUAUUUAUUAGUAGCAUAUAGAUAAAUCAUACUAUAUUAAAUAAUGGAAUGCUAUUGUGCCAUCAGUAAGAAUGAGAUAAAUAUACUGGAUAUAUGUCUAUGAUACUGCAAAAUUGGUAAAAAGUAUCUUGCCAAAUAAUUAUAUAUUAAUAUGGUCUGA